CUGGAACAAACAUGAUCGCAAGGAGAAUCUCCAUCCUGAUAUGAAUCGGGAUAAGGGCAAGCGCCCCGAGAACUAUAACGCUAGCGCCUUUUUCAAUCCAUCGACGAAGAAACAAGCAGAUAGCUCUGCUAUUUCAUCUCACAAGCGUGGUGGAGUCCAAUCCGACCCGAGCAAGGUUCGCUGGCCCUUUUUAGGUUGAUUCUGGUCGGCUGGAUCCGUCAGAAUAAGGUAUGGAUGGAACUGGCGCACAGUACGGCGCUAGACAUGUCCGUUAUGCAUGCCGUGAUGCUUCAUGAGAUUCUGCGAUGAUUUAUGACAUUGAUGGUUAUGAUUUUGAUGCACCGUUCUGUUUUUGACUGGAGUUGACCUUUGUUUCUGUGGCUUACUAGUUUCUCGCAUGAUCUAGUUGGGUUUGGUGUUUGGAAUACUGCCUGAUUAUA